AAAACAAUUCAAGCCAAUGUCCGGCGAUAACCAGAUCCGAUUCGGACUCUUAACCUGCACAAACAUAGUCCGCAAACUCUCUCGAGCCAUAAACCUCUCUCCAAACGCUACAAUCUCCGCCAUAGCCACCACAAGCUCCAUCGAAGAAGCAAAAUCAUUUACUAAAUCCAACAAUUUCCCUCCGAAUACAAAGAUUCACAUCUCCUACGAAUCACUUCUAGAAGACCCCGACGUUGACGCCGUCUAUUUUCCUAUCCCCACUCGCCUCCACGUCGAGUGGGCUACACGCGCCGCUCGCAAGGGUAAGCAUAUACUCCUUGAUAAGCCUGUUGCUUUAAACGUAUCUGAGUUUGAUCAGAUCGUUGAAGCUUGUGAGGUUAAUGGUGUUCAAUUUAUGGAUGGAACUCAGUGGAUGCAUAAUCCUAGAACGUAUAAGAUUAAGGAAUUUGUCAACGAUUUAGAGAGUUUUGGUCAGAUUAAAUCUGUACAUUGUUGUUUCUCAUUUGCUGCGAAUGAUGAUUUUUUAAAACAUGAUAUUCGUGUAAAGCCUGGUCUUGAUGGGCUUGGAGCUCUUGGUGAUGCUGGAUGGUAUACGAUCCAAGCGAUUCUUCUUGCUAACGACUUUAAACUUCCGAAAACCGUUACUGCUUUACCCGGUUGUGUGUUAAACGAUGCGGGAAUUGUUCUUUCUUGUGGUGCGUUGUUUGAUUGGGAAGAUGGGAUAAGUGCAACGAUGUACUGUUCUUUUUUGGCGAAUUUAACUAUGGAGAUAACUGCGAUUGGUACGAAAGGUACUCUUCGUGUUCAUGAUUUUGUUAUACCGUAUCGGGAAACCGAGACUGCGUUUACUACGAGUGGUAGAGGUUGUGUUAGUGAGCAUAAAGUUAUGACUGAGCUUCCACAAGAGGCGUGUAUGGUUAUAGAGUUUGCUCGGUUGGUUGGAGAAAUCAAAAACAGAGGAGCUAAACCGGAUGGGUUUUGGUUGAGCAUUAGCCGGAAGACGCAGCUGAUUGUUGAUGAGACAGAGGCUAGUUUGCCACUGAACCGGAAAUUUUAAUCAGGCCUGCCAUUUUGGAGUCUGUAUGCCACUACUAAUAUGAUAAUUCGAUUUUACCCCUGGAAACCCUCUGAAUCAUCAAGAAAGUUUAACAAAUCAA